AUGCAUGUUAGCAGUAAACAUCAUGGCUGUACUAUUUUCUUCUUAUUGUAACGCUUUAUUGUAGUUUCCUUUUCAUUGGAUCUUAUGUAAAGUAGGAAACGUAUCAGCUAACAACCGAGGACACAGAAGGUUAAGGAUUUAUUUUUAAAAAUAAAAUGAUUGCUGCAAGUAUAGCUUCAGCUAUAGGAGCACCAGAAGGGGCGAUAAAGCUAAUUCUGACAAUUUUUAUAGGUAAGAUUACUGACUAAAGAAACCAGCCAGAAAGAAACCUUUUAAUUUUAAAGAAAAGUAGGUUUGAUGGUUGGAUUUUGGACUUGUUAUUAUUGGCCCUAUCUAUCUAGAAAAUAAAGUCAAGAUUGGACUAGUUUGUAAUUUUUUUUCACCUUAGUACCAUAGGCACUGUUAUCUAUAUAAUUAUAAUUAUAUAGUAUACUUCCUACAGAUAUAGAAAUAGAUUAAUGAUUGAGUUUGAAAAUAAAAAUGAUUUUAAGGGCAAGGAAUAUGCUUAUUAAUAGGUAUACUGAAGUUGUGAAGCCAUAUAUUAUAGCCUAUAUUUUAAAAUUGCCUGUACUUUUAUCUUCAAUUAAAAAAUUUAUCACUGUACUAUGAAUAUGUCAUGUUUCUUUUCACAUCACCCGCUCCAGCAUGUAUAGAUGAUAUUAAUAUAAGGUAAAUUUUGAGUUAACGUUACGGGUUUUGCCAAGAGUUUCCUCACCCUAAGCGCAGUGACAUCACAUUGGGAAUACAACACUGGACUGAGGGUGAAUAGAUCUAUUCUUUGAAGGACCCGAACGAUGUGUUAUAACAAAUUAACAUUCCUGUUCUUUAUUGAGCAUUACUCGCAUCACAAACGAUAAGGUUAAUAUGAACUAUAUUGAAGUGAAAUUCUCCAUUAAUUUGUAUUAAAAUUCAACUUACACGUUUCAAAAGAAAGGAAAAAAGAAACACAUCCUUGCUGAUACCCCAAGAGCCAACACCGGUGAAAAAAAGACGCCCGCAAAAAUUGCUGUAUUUUGAUUAGUUGAAAAUACCUGUAUGUUGAAACUUAGGUAACAAAAGUAAGACUACUGCUUAAAUUGCAUUUGGAAUGAUCUAGGAACUGGAAUACCAAAAUACCCCAAUUUAACCAAAAACUUAAAAUAAGAAAACAAUAACUUGCAUUAUGUAAAUAGAAACAUCGAAAUCUUUUUAGUAUAGCUCUAUAGAUGGCGCUGUAGACGGAAAUGGAACUGGGGGAACCUCCCUGACCUAUAUAUCCUGGAACACAUCGUUGGCCUUACCGCUAACACAAAACCAGCCUUAAUAUAAAUAUGGAUAUGAUGUGACAUUAGCUAUAGAUCUAAGUCAGUGAUGGGCAAAUUGCGGCUAGCAACCCGCAUGCGGCUCUUAAGCGACCAGAUUGCAACUCGGCCUAUCAGCCACAAAUCGGUUUUGAUUCCGAAAAACAUGGUUCUUGAAAAGAAAUUUGGCUCUCAAAAAAUGUUAUGUCGUCCUGCUGCUGAUUUUUGGCUCUUUGCGACUGAGUUUGCCGAUCACUGGUCUAAGUAACCGGGUACCUGCCUCACUGUCUAACCUGAUUCAUUUGGUCAUGGAUUUGGAUAAUUUUUCACUAUUGAAAUUUUUAUAUAUAGACAAUAAAAUAAUUCAAUUACAAUUUAAAUCAAAAUAUUUGAAAAAGAGAUUUUGCAGUUUAUUAAUUAUAAUGAGCAAUAUGAUAAGUUUUAGUCUGGUAAUAAUUAUUCAUUAUGCUCUGAUUGAAGCUAAGGCCUUGGUUGUUCUCCGUACAGGCAACAUGACCAUUACUCUUUCAGACAAAUUUCUCCGGUGGUGGGGCAUUUCAGAUGUUUGGGUGGACUGUGCCAUUGGUGAAGGGUGGGUGGUCUACCCUCGGGUGGCAUUUUGGCCUUAAUGCAGAGCUUUUUUUAAUAUUGGUGACCAAGUACAUUGCGCGAAUCAAAAGUGGUUCAACCCCUCCACAGAAAUUUUUUUAUAAAUUUAACGUUUAAAGGGGGGCAGUUUGACAUAGACCUAACAAUCAAUGUUUCUGACAGAAAAUUUGAUCCAGGGAGGAGUCAUUUUAGGCGUAAGUGGGGGGGGGGGGCACAUCUAUUAGCUUGAAAUUUAGGCAUGGAGUGAUUUUCAUUGUUCACAUUUUUCUUUCUGGGGGUUGGGCACUUGAUUUCCUGGGAGAGAUGCCUGAAAGAAACACUAAACAUGACAUAAGUUGUAGGGGCCCAUAGCCUCUAACCAGGCCCUGUGCCUAAAAGUAUGUCUGCCACAUAUAUAAUAUAUGGUCAAUAUAGGCGAUGAAUAAAUCACUAUUGUAACCUGAAUUCAUGUCAUUUGUAUUUGUAAUUUUCCUUGGCUCAACAGUGUCACAACAAUUCUUCUACAGACUUUUACCAUGGUUCAACAGUGUCACAACAAUUCUUCUACAGACUUUUCAUAUACAACAUUUUUUUCACCGCUAUGUGGUCUGCCAUGACACUUAGUCUACAACCUGUGGUCUGCUCCACAUUUGCCCUGGUUUACAGUGUAAACAUUACUGUUGGCAUACCGUAUUGUAGACAAAUCGUCAGUAGAUUAAAUGUGUUGACGAAAUGCCGCAGAGGAAUAUCUGAUGAUGAAUUGUUGCAGAACCAUCAAGAACACCACCUGCUAACAAUACCAAGGGGACACUACCAACUAUGCUUUGUGCAUAUGGGAUCAUCUCUCCUUUUUGAUUACUGAUGCCACCAAAGGUGCUCAUGUCUGCAUUGUCUAAUAUGACAGAGGCAUAAUAGCAUGUCUGUGCAGGACCCCCAACUCCAGUAAUUGACCGCUGGCUGCUAAUUACAUAUUAACCUUCACCUCAUAAAAUGACUGAUAACAAAUGAGUCUAAUUGCUAUUCAUAUAUUUAUUUGAAGUGGGAAUGAACUGUACUUCAUAAAGCAAUUAAUUAUAUUUUAAAAUGCAUUUUAAAUUUAUGCUGACAUAUUUUUAUGUUAAUUGUGCGUGAAUCUAUGUUCAUAUUACAUAGCAUAAUUUCAAAUUUGUCUUGUCUCAAAAUUAGGAUACCCACUAGCUUUGAUACACAGAAUCCCAGCGCUCUACCAGGCACCACCAGUGUUAAAACACAUCCUUUUCACACUUGAAGGCUUGACCCUAUGUUACUACAAUUUUGGUAAGUUGUUAGUAGCAGUAUAGACAUUAAUUUAUGUAUUUAAUAGUCUUAAUUGUGAAAGCGGACACAGCUUCAUACUUGGGGUCCUUUUCAAAUUUUCCCACUAACAGAUGUGAUAAUUUAAAAUCUUUUUAAAAUUGACAAUAAAAUGUUCUAUUUUGGUCAGUUUCUGGGUGGUAAGGUAUUUAGAUUAUUGUUACUAAGAGAAGAGACAUUGCUUUUCAGUGGACCAAUAAUUGGAUUUGUGAAUUUAGCAUAUGAGUAAAAGGGAAAGGCAGAUAGAACUACUGGGAGGAAAAGUAAAUAUUAAAUCAUUUCUGUUCUGAAGUGUUCUGAAAUUUCAAAAUUUCUGCAUUCAAUUAUCUCCAAAGAGGUUAAAUACUUCGUAUUUUCUUCACCGUAGGAUUAUUUGGAUUGUACAUUGUUAACAUUGACAAAAAAACACACUUUUUUCCCCAGGUGUUGACACAGUACACACAUGGCUGAAUAUAACUAUCACCUACCUAGUGUUAUUCUUCUGUGGAGGAUCCAAGUUUUCCGUUAUUUUUAUUUUUGUCUUCAACACUGUGAGUAUGUUUUAUCUAGUCUUUUAUUUAAAAAACAAAGGAAGCUGAUUAGUAUACUAAUUUUAGAAUUAUUAAAAAAAGAGGAUCCUCUAGAUCAAGGGUCUCAAAUUCGCGGCCAUUUGCGGCCUGCAUGACAAUAUUUUGUGGCCAGCUACAUGACAGCAAAGUUUAGUGUUAAUGCAGCCCACGAGUUUUCCCCAAUCUCAUAUCUACAAUGUGACCCUCCCGGACAGUUUCAGUCGAAUCUUACCGAAUAGUCUGAUUUUUAUUAUGUUUAUAUAGAUUUGGACUUUGAUUAUAAUAGUAAAACCGUUUUAAAAUCGGACUAAAUUUUUUUAAUUAUAUAGCAUAUUAUGAGAAAAAGAUGGCCGAAAUGCGGUUUUGAGAAAAUUUAAAAAGUCAGUGGGUAAUAGUAUACACAACCAUAAUUGUAUAAACCGUAGCAAACUGACACUGUAUCAACGAAUCUCACGUGAAAUUGCUGAUACUGUUUACGAGUGAGGGAAAUUCCAAGCCUGUCGGCUUGGUCACUUUCAAUAUAGGGUUAGUCAAAAAGGCCUUUUGUACGAUAAAAAAAAUCAAAAUUCAUUUUCCCUACAAUAGCAUCUUCCUUUGCAUCAAUAAUUUAUAAAUAUUGUCUGCUCCUGCUGACUGCUUGAACACAUUUUAGCAUUUAAAGCCUUCAUAGAGAAGGAUGAGGUGGUUGUUCCUGUACUAACUGAUCCCAAAUGGCUCAUGGGCUUGGCUUUUUUGUUGACAAUACAUAGUAGCUGAAUGUACUCAACCACAAGCUACAAGACCAGAAGUAGCUUGUGAGUGUUGCCAAUGACAAUGUCAGGGGAUUCUGCACAAAACUUGUGUUAUGGUUCUUAGUUAAACCUCUACUAUUUCCCAACAAGCAAAGUACUCAUGGACUCAUGCACUCCAUUCAGAAGUAAGUAUUCUGAUGCCAUUGCAAAGCUACAGGAAGAAUUUGAUCACGUUUGCAGACUUUCACUUCAAAUGGAGCUGAUUGAUCAUCAUUGCAAUUCUAAGUUCAGGGAGGUGAAUGGAAAAACAGACAAGCAUGGACAAUUUAUGAGAGCAGUGCCCUCCACCUUUCCUGAGAUUUCCAGGUUGUUCAAGCGAAUGAUGUGCCUUUUUUGAGAGUACCAAUCUGUGUGAAAAGCUCUUUUUCACUAUGAACUUUAACAAGUCAAAGUUCAGGGCCAAACUGACUGAUGAGCAUCUUUAAGCUAUUCUGAGGAUCUCAGCUGCUUUCUCACUCAGCUGAGUAAGAAGAAGCUCUGCCAGUUCUCUGACAACAAGGAGUAGGAUGAAGAAAGUGAAGCCAAGUUCUUGAGAACCCUUAAUGUUUUUAUUUGUUAUUAACCCUUUACUGGGCAAAAUGGCCAAAAACGUCUUUAGUACUGAACGGGCAAAACGUCCAAAAGCGUCUGUGACAACAUAGAGUUGUAAACUCAUGACCUCCGAGUCUUUGCGCGCCUUCCUAUUAUUUACAUCCGGUUUUUCCGAUAGCUGGAUGAAGUGGGCGCCAGUUACAAGUAUUUAAUCGAUUGUUUGGGGGUAGUUUUAGGGGUUUAAACAAAAUAUUUUUUUCGAAGUGGAUUUUGCCGAUUAUUCAAGUGAUAGCGGAGAUUUCGCUGAAUUCAAUUUGACAUUGAAGUGCUCGAAUUGGCUGUAAAUUGGAACUAGAUAUUAAUAUUAUUAUUAAUAUUAGUGAAAUCAGCGUAGUAAGCAGCAUUGAAUUUUACAAACUUUGAUUUUGUGGCAGUGUUUGUAAAUAGUGAAUAGAUGACUCACAAUCACAAACAAUAUGUUGUUUUUUGCAAAUAUUUGUGUUCAUAUGAGGAUUAAUGGCAACAUGUGAGUAAAUUUAUAAAUCUGCAUUCAUUUUCCUUUAUUUUGCUUUUUAUUUCACAAAAAUUUGUUAACACCUUAGAUUUGAUUUUUUUAAUAAUGUAACCCUAAAUCUUACUAAAAAACUGGAGGAUUAGUGCCCGUUCAGGACUAGCAAGAGGAAGUACCACUGCCCUGUAAAGGGGUAAUAAAGGUUGAGCAGAUUGUAACAGUUGUACUUUAUUAUUGAAUUUGUAAUCGCUUUUUUGUGGAAUACUUGAUGUGGCCCAGUCUCACUCAGGCCCUACCUUCUGCGGCGCCCAGAUAAUUUGAGUUUGAGACCCCUGCUCUAGAUGCUGGAAGCAAGAACUGGAACAUUUCUUUUUAUCUGUCAUAUUUUGAACUCAUGAAGUAUCUAAAAAAAAAGAUACUUUAUUUUUUUUAAUGAAAAAAAUAAUCUUUUCUUCCCUUUAGGGUGCAUAGCUGAAGGGUUUAAAGUAUUAUUAAUAUACAUGUUUGUUUGGUCACUGCGAUAUUUUUUCUAUUAAUAAUAAUUUUCAUGUGCUUCAAGAACCUUGUGAAUGUUUUUUCAACACUAAAAAAACCCCACCAUAUUCAUUGCCAAACCAAAUUCUUAUUCAUAUCUUUUGCUUUAAAUUUAGCUUGUCAAAGUGCCGUCAGUUUAUUUUCUUAUUUUCUAUUUAUUUUCAGUGCUAUCUUAUCCUAGGAUACUAUUCCACAAUAUCUUUUCAAGAAUUUGGGAUUUCCUGGACCAUGCCUCAUUGUGUCCUGACCCUGCGGUUGACAGCAGUGGCCAUUGAUUAUUAUGAUGGAAAGAAGGUAGAUAAAUCAUGAUACACUCACAAAAGAUUUUACUGGAGUGCUUGUAAACAAAUUUAACAAAGGGCUCUACUGAAAUUUCUGAGUUUCUGACAAUCUUUAUACAGUCACAAAGGACAGGCAGUCUUGUUAUGGUCUGUCAGUUGAGCUGUGUUAUCUUAGGUUUUUCUGCUGAAGGGUAAAGAAAGGGUUUGUUUGGGAGGCUGUUCAUAGGCAAGUUUUUUUGUUAUGACACAUAAAGUGAGGACAUCACAAUAGUUUUGUAAUGGAAAGAAUAAGAAGAGGAAUUAAUGAUGUAGAAUGAUUGUGUUUGUUUUCAAGUUUUUGUGCACUGCCUUGUCAGAAUAUGUUGUAAAUAAAAUUAAGUAAAAUGUUAUUAGUUCAGUCGCACUGAUUCCCUUGGAUUUGCCUGCGGGUUGCGACCCCUUUGGGGGUCUAACGACCCUUUCACAGGGAUUGGCUAAGACCAUUGGAAAACACAUAUACUCAACAGUUAUGAAGUAGCAAGAAAAAUAAUUUUGUUGUUGGGGGUCACCACAGCAUGAGGAUCUGUAUUAAAGGGUUGCAACAAAAGGAAAGUUGAGAACCUCUGCUUUAGACUAAACAAUUGACAGGAAAUCUUCUAGACUACAUUGCAACAGAAACAAUUUCUUCUCAUAUCUUCCUUAAUUUAGCCCUUUUUCAAAAAUACCUAGCACAAAUAUUUGUGUAUUAAAGAUCAAAGCUUCAAUUUCAGAAACUGUUGGUUUUUUUUUUACCUCAACUCCAUUAUGUUGUCUGACAAUGCAAUGCUUUUGCCAUGGCCGAUGAAUGCAAAUGAUAAUAAAGUCAUUUAAUUUUUUACCUUUUGUUAAAAUAUUAUGGAGAGAAUCACAGCACUGACUGUAGCCUGCUUUUGAAAUAAGACUAGUUGUCUAACACAAUACCAUGAGAUGUUGGCUGAUUGUUGCCUCUUAUUCCAUCAAGUUCUUAUCAUUUCACUUUUUGUCAUCAACUUAUGUAACAGAGUAAAGAGAGUGAGAAAACUGCUGUCAGUGACUCAGCCCUCCCACAAAGGCCUGGUUACCUAGAAAUGUUGGGACACAGUUUUUUCUUUGGUGGUGUCCUGGUUGGACCACAGGUAGGAUUACAAUUUCAUUUGGUAAUAAAUUGUAAAAAAAAAUCACAGAUUUUUUUCAGAAAAAAUUCACCAGGUAUGUAUGCAUGGCUGUAAGGCUGUGUUCAAUAGGCAUGCCAAAUAAAAUUCACAGAAGUCAGCACUAAAUGCGAUUCUCAUAUAAAAUGCAUUGCUGGAAUGCAUGUUUUAUCAAGUAAGUUUAGCUCACUCAUUGCCCCUGCCAUUUUUUGGUGGGUUACUUCAAGUAGAAAAUAAAGUUUUAAACCAUUUUUAGGUCUCUUUUCACCCAGACCUGAAAGGAAGAGAGACUGACUUUUUUUUAAAUAGAAAAAUAAUAAUUAAAUUGUAUGUGUAUCACACACAAGAAACUGAGAAUGAGAAUGUUAAUAUUGGUCAAAGGAAAUGAUGCAUUUAAAAGAAGUUAGUUUAACAGUUCAGAAUGUAAUGAAAACCAUGAGGUAAUAAAUUGACAUUUCUGUUUCAGUUUUCCAUGAAACGAUAUUUAAAGUUUGUGAAUGGAGACUUUGCUGAUAAACAAACGGGCCUAGCCCCAGACAGGUAUGUGAUGACAAUGAACUGAACACUGUUUUAAAUGUAUUUAAUUAUGUCGAUUACUGCAUUAAACUAAUAUAUUUCUGGGAGUUGGGUUAAGUUACUCUCGACCCUUGGCAUUUUUUUGCUUUCUUCAUGGAAAGAAAAACAAAACAUUAUCUUAAUUAAAUGUUUCUUUAUUUUGUUUUGUAGCAAAAAUGAGCACAAAGGAUUUUUAAAUUAAAAUAUUUUUUUAAAAUUAUUAAUUUUAACUAAAAAUUUAUUAAUUUUAAUUAAAAAAUUAUUAGUUAUUUAUUUUAGUUAAAAACAUUAAUUAAUCAUUUUAAUUAAAAAUUUGUUAAUUUUUUUUAAAGCAUAAGUGCAAGUCUCAAGAGAAUGGCUGGUGGUAUGAUGUACCUAAUCAUGUUCCAAGCACUUGCCUUGUACAUCCCAGACGAUUAUAUUACAUCUCAAGCUUUUGAUGUAAGUAGCUCUGGAUUUAGCUAUGUUAUUAGAACCAACCUGAGCUGUUGAAAUGCUAAUGUUAACACUCUGUAAUUUGAGUUGAGACAUGGCAAACAAAUGAUUGAGAAACAGAGCAGAAAUCAUCCUCAUUCUCAACACAGAAAUGACAGCCAAAAAAAGUAUUUCAAGGUGAAUUGUAUCAUUAAUAAUUUUUUUUGUGUGGAAAGAUCACUCAGGAGUGGGAUUUUAUUAUGUAUUUAUUUGCAGACAUAAUUUCGGUUGUAACCUUGUCACCUAGAUCCUUGUGCUCCCUCUAGUGUUAUAGCUAACAGUGGUGGCAGAUAGGCAUAACUAAUAAAUUUGUUAACAAUAAUUAACCAGAAUAAUUAAAAUAUAUUUUGUUAACCCUCACAAAAGCUGAAAUGAUUUUUUGAUGCAGUCACAGCUUUUGCUUACUAAAAAUAAAUCACAUUAUGAAAUUUAGCAACUGAAAUGUUUUUCUUUUACUGGUGCUUUAUUAAAUUCAUCUCCAGAAUCUUGGACUGAUGACCAAGUGUGCCUUAAUAUUACUGUGGGGAAAGAAUGCGUUACACAAAUAUGUUGGAGUUUGGUUGAUCCAGGUGAGGUGUUACCUAAGUAGUUGAACGCGGCAGCAGUGUCAGUAUUGAGAUAAGUAAGACUUCCUAGUCCCACCAAAUUCCAGGGAAGUGUGCACCUGACAUUGAUGCUUGACACCUCUGUCCCCAGGUGGUUUCAUUGCUGGUUUAACCAGCUAGCUUAAGGGCUGUUUGUCUCUGAGUCUCUACUUGGUCUAUUUGUAAACAAGAAAAGUUAUGUUUAGAAGAAUAGAUUUAGGUGUGUUUUUGCUGUUAUGCCAAGAUGUGGUAGUAUUUUAAAGGUUAAAAAAAUAAACACCACUUAAUGUAACAAAUGAUAUUUGCCAGUUUAUAUUUAAAGGCGGUAAUGGUCUACUCAUUUUACAGUGAAUGAAAAGAAACAUAUCUUAAUCAGGGUAUACAACUAAAAAUAGCUUUUGACAUUGUGAAUGUGUUAAUAGCUGCUGGCAUAUUUAUGCAAUAUCUUUUAAUCCAUACAGGAGGGCAGUAUCAUAAUGACAGGCAUGAGCUACAAUGGUAAAGAGAACGGUGUAAAGAAAUGGGAUGGCUGUACUAACAUCAAGGUCUGGCAGUUAGAGUCUGGGGAGUCUUUCUCUGACUUUAUACAGGCUUUCAACGUCAACACGAACCAGUGGAUGGCUAAGUGAGUGCUUCUCCCUUUUUUUGCUGAUGUUUGCAGUACUUAAAUUUGAUCAAUUUAACAACUAGACCUCAAACCAGAACUCAAACAGUUUUUGGGAGAGGGUUUUUUUUUUGCUAUUUAAAAAAGAGCUCCUCUCAUCUUUCAUUGUUUCAUUACAAACUCGGGCUUGUUGUGGUAAUUGUUUUUUUAACCCUUUGACAUCCAGGUACAUAUACAAACGACUACGUUUCCUUGGUAGUAAAAUCUUAUCUCAGCUGAUCACAUUGUUCUACCUGGCUCUCUGGCAUGGCCUGCAGUCUGGCUAUUACAUGUGCUUCUUCCUGGAGCUUGUUGAAACCAAUGCUGAGACACAGGUGAGGUGCUUGUCCAAUCUCUCAAAUGCUUCAGUAUGGAACAAGAAACAGUUCUAGAAUGACAUUAGCAAGUGCCUCCGUUACAAGGUUUUUAUUUAUUGCCAUGAGGUUCUUACGAUUUAAUAAUGGGUUUGUGGCCCUAAAGUCCAUAACUUUGAGUGCAUCUAUCAAUUAAUGCUAGUAAUGUUAUGACACUAAUGCUAUAUUGCAUUUUACCAGUCUUUAGUUGGAAAAUAUAUUUCUUUUUGUUUCACCUGAUAGCCAUUAACCUCUUGUAACCACUUCCUACGUUUAAGCUAUUCUCCUGUUCUUGAUCUUGGCUUAAAACUGAUGCCACCAGUCCUGAUGUCGGUAACACUAAUACAGACCUGAAACAUUUUGCCGUUUAACUCUUUCACUAUUCAUUCCUGCUCAACAAUCUAGGUUAUAUGGGUGCUGAAAAACUACAUCCCAAAGACCAAACUGACAGAUCUGUUUAUACUGCGUCUGUUAGGCCGCUUACUAAGGAAGGUCCUCCUUAUGUUCCUCUGGUCAUAUGCCCUGGUCAGCUUCGUCUUGUUAGAUUACUACAAAUGGAACCAUGUAAGUAUUUAUUUUUUUCACCCUCUUGUUGUUACAACAUUAAAAGAAAGAUUUUGAGCUUAUUAAAUUCUGAAGACGCAAUGACUUUUGCUGUCUCAGUGGUUAAAAAAAAAAUGUCCAUUUUUAACUAAUUUAACUAAUUCCAAUUUUUAAGAGACAUCGUUAUGUCUUUAAGAGAAGAAAUAAUGCACAUAACUUAGGAAGUAACAAUGGGACAUUGUGAUAUAAGGCCACCAAUAUAAAACACCAAUCAAUGAUUGAUAUUGAUAUAAACAUGUUUCCAAAUUGGUCUGUGCUAUGUUUAAAUGUGUAAGUUACUUAACAAGAAGCUUCAUUUCCAGGUCUACACAUCAGUUUACUACAUUGGUCAUGUGGCCUGCAUUCUUGUUAUGUUUGGAGGGUUUUUUCUUAAAAGUUUGUCCAAGCCCAAAAGGGAAGUCAAUGGUAUACACCCAGAGAAGGCAGAUUAAAGUAAGUCAUUAGCAUGUAAAUAAUACGUACACAUGUUGAUUGGUUUAUUGCGUGUGCUCGCUAAUUGGUCUUCUGUUUCUAAAUUAGAAAUUAUUAGUUUAAGAACUUCGGAAUUGUGCCUUCAAUGAACAAUAUGAAAUUGCCUGAAUAUACAUACUGCCAUUUGUUUAACGGGGACAGCAAACUGGAGUUCUUUCCUGUUUAAUACAAUUUUCAUGCCUCACUUGUAUAGACUUAGUAGCCAACUGUGAUUAAAGUGCUCAUGUAUUAGACUAGAGCCAAUAUAUUUUUAAACAUGUAGGAAUAUUGGUAAAUGACAUAAUAAUUUAUUAAAGGGGUUUAGUUUCAAUUGCAUUCCAUACGAUCGGUUUGUUUUCAAUUGCAUCCCAUACGAUGGGUUUGUUUUCAACUGCAUCCCAUAAGAUGGGUUUAGUUGAUGGCUAAUUUGUAUUUAUUUCUAACUAUUGCAGGUCCAAGUGACAAGUUGGAAGUAUUUGAACGUUUUCUUUCUUUUGUUUUUGUGUGGCACAAACGUAAUUUUUAUUUUCCUUCUUCUAUAUUUAAAGUUGAUCGUAAAUGAUAAAUGUAAAUUUUUUUUUCUCCCAAAUUUGUACCAGCCUUGCUGGAAGCUGUUUUUUUUUUGUGUUACAAAACAAAAGUAUGUGAAAGUUUUGUCAGAAUGGUUUGUGUUUGGAACGGUUUAGUUGCUAUUUAUUUGAUACCUGGUUAUGUCAGUUUAAAGGGUAACAGCACUGCUGAAAAUAUUUGGGGGAAAGGUGGGGGGGAUUUUCUCCCUUAUUAGUUUCUUUGUCAAAAAGUUGAAUAAUCCUUAUUACAAUUUUUAACUUCACAUGAGUGUAAAUUACAAGUUCUAAUACUGGAAACCAAAGUCCACCGAGAAAUCUUGAGGAAAACAAAAAGGAUGGUGGGGGAAACAGCCUUUGUAUGAAUGCCACCUCAUUUGAUUAUUUUGUUUAAAUUAUUAAAAUUUCUAUAUCAUAUAUUAGAUUAUAAAUUCUUGAGUAAGAAAUGUUAACAAGCUCUAUAAGAAAUAAUUAUUGCAUUUACCAUAACAAGCC